UUGACUCCUUCCUUUGUUGUCUUUCUCCAGGAGCUGGGAAGCGCACGGAGACUGGCAUUUGUUAAUAACUACAUCCGGGUCAAAGAUUUUGUGUGGGUUUUUUUCUCUUCAUCCGGAUGGAUGACGCGUCACAAGUUCAAGGACACCCCCUCUCUGGACGCUAUGCUGCGGUAAAAAAUACUCUCUGAACCUUUGCAAGUUUUGCGCGGUUCUGCAGUUGGUCUGACAUUUUAACAGUCACGGUAGAAAUCUGGGGCGGGAAUCUCUAGACACCAUGUUCUCUCGUCGGCGUUUGGCCAAGGUGGCCCCCUUCUUGCUGGGGGCUGCAGUUUUCUUAUUUAUCCUCGCCCAAGACCGAUCACCAACGACGAGCUCCCUCGUCUCGACUUUCCAGGGACUUCGAAGAUUCCAGAGAAACUCAGACCUUGUGCCCCAAACAGCCGGGACUCAAAAAUCUAUAGGGAACUCAAGCAAAACGCUUGUCGUAAACGCUACAAAAAUAAAGACGAAUGAUCGCUCGAAGAAGAAAGAAAGCGACGCUUUCGACGCCAGGAAGUUAUUCGACGCCAGGAAGUUAUUCGACGGCCGGGAAAAGUUCAACGCGUCCGGCAAGCCCUCCGAAGCACACCCUCUGUUCCCCGGUUACAUCAUCAAGAACCCUGAGUUGUGUGGCUCGGGCAAGGUGGACAUUCUCCUGUACCUCCACAGCGCGGCCGAGCAACGGGUCCGAAGGCGCGCCAUCCGCCAGACGUGGGGAAGCAGCCACACCUUCACGGACAUCAGCGUCAAGCUCGUCUUCAUCCUGGGCCUGCCUUCAGAUCGCGUCAACCAGCUCCGCGUGCAGACAGAGUCCGCGAGUUACGGCGAUAUCGUGCAGGGGAAUUUCUCGGACACCUUCAAAAACCUGACGUACAAAGCGAUCACAACGCUGGCGUGGAUCAACGAGCACUGCGCACAGGCGAGGUACGUGGUCAAAGCGGACGACGAUAUGUUCGUGGACAUGUUCCGAGUCGUCACUGACCUCAUCCCUAAGACGGCGGGCAACCGUUUCGCCAUGGUGUGCGACCACAAAGAGAGUAUGGCGAUUCAGCGAGACGAACGCAGCCGCUGGUACGUCAGCGAGCAGGCGGUUCCUUCGCGCAAAAACUGGCCGCCAUUUUGCCCGGGAUAUUUCCUAGUCUUCACCGCGGAUCUAGUUCCGGUUUUGUACGAGAAAUCUUUUGAAUCAAAGACGCUAGUGCCCAUUGAUGACGCAUACGCGUUCGGCAUGUUGAGAGAAGGGAACAUCACUGUGGCAAUUUCCGACGUUCACAAUAUUAUCUGCUCCAACAGACGGCCGAAUCCCCCCGAGGAGCUGAAGGCGAACGGGAAAUUUGAGUACGUCUCCUUCGGAGUUUCCAAAGCGGAAGAGCACUCGCAAUUCUGGUCAGCUCGUCUGUUGAAACUAUCUCCUUGGGAGCAAGAGCACAGCACGUACUUCAAAACUGUUCAACUGCCCAACGGUGAACCGUUGAUAAUUGCAUAGAAAGAUGUUGCUGAGCAUUGUUUGACCUCACCUGACGUUCAUGACGUCAUGGUUGUUGAUUUUUUAAAUGCAGUUAUUUAUUGGUGCUGUUGCAGAAGGAGCGACCGGUGUCUGUGGUUAAGUGGUUAGACACUUUGCCCUCUUACGCAGAAGACUUGGAGUUCCAUUCCUAUGUGGAUAUACAUUUUUUUUUAAUCGAGUAUCUUCGUCUAUGUGCUGGAAUGCUGUAUCU